AUGUCCCCGUAUUUCUCCUCCACCUCCCGCACCCCAUCCGACAUCCACCUCGAAACCGUCCGCUUCACUUGCCUCUUCCCAAGAUCUCGGACAGCAGCACUGAUUAUGGGCAGUCGGGGCGUGGCGGCUGCCGGGCCUGAUGUCCCAACCGUGGAUUCCGUCGACCUGGAGAGUGACCAGCUCACCGAGGUUCGGCGGUUGCUUUUCGGGGCCGAGUCUGCAGCACCCCCCCGCAAGCGCCGGCGAGGAGGCAAGGUCUACUCUGGCUGCGGGACUUGUCGGACACGCAAGAUCAAGUGUGACGAGCGUCGGCCAAAAUGCCACAACUGCGAACGAUCCCGCAUCUACAUGUGCGAUGGCUACGAAAACACCAGCGGCGCCUCAAGUGCCUUUCCAAUCGGCCACGAUGUCUUGGACUGGUCACAGAUUGGGAGUCUUGCCCAUGCCUCCGGCGCUAUUAGGCAUCAGGAUGGAUCGGCUGGGCCGGGCGGAGAGGGCGAGACGGCACAUUGGGAGGCGUUGGGAGAUAUCAUGAACAUCUUCAGUUGGUCUCCAACGGUGGAACGAAGGCCUGCCAGCCCUGACCAGUCUGACGAGAGCGAGAGACGAGACGACGGCCUCGACAACGACGCGCCGCCUCACAGCGGGCCAAUCACCCCUGUUGAGCUAGUGCAGCAACCAAGGCUGCCACUGUCCAUUACCGAUUCUGUUAUCGCGUCCGAGGUGACACAGAAGCUGAUUGACCAUUAUCGCACACGGGUCUGCGAAUUGAUGAUGCCCACUUCAGCCCCCUCGAAUAAUCCCUGGCUCCAGGUCUAUCUCCCCCUGGCUCUGAGACAGCCGCCGAGUCUGCCCCAGCAGAUUCUCCUGCACGCCAUUCUGGCCGUUGCAGCCUUUAACAGGUCCUAUCUCGCCUCGACAACUUCAGUCGUUGAUCGGAAACGGGGCCAGGAACACUAUGGGCGAGCAAUGGCCCUCCUCAGGACUGCUCUGGAUUCCCCAGACUCGUCCUCGGUGCUGGGACACGAAACCUCGGCCAGACAUGCGCUGAUGGCAUCAGCUCUUACGCUGACUACUGUUGAGGUGUUCAGUGGCGCAUCCGGUGGUGACGGAUACCAACAUUUGCUCCUUUGCAAACGAGUCAUUGAGCUGACGGGUGGUCUGGAGUCAUGGCUGUCGGACCCAACCUGCCUCACCCUCUUGCAGAUUUUCCGGUGCUAUCGUAUCGUUGCUGAGACAUCGGGACGUCUGGAUGUGCUCCAAGGCCCCCCAGACUGGUUACCUCUACACGAUUCCGUCUCUGAAUCACUUGAGAAGCCGCCGGAUUCGUCGACUGCCGGAGGCAUGGCUGAGACGGUGGCGAUUACAGGACCAACCGGAACCUACUCUCUCGACGUGACUUUUGGCAUCUCCGCCAAGACUCUCCACUACCUGAGCCAGAUCAGCACAUUCGCCAGGAUCAAGUCGAAACUCGGCCCAGAUGAAACAUGGCCCCCAGACUGCGUGCCAGACUUACUCAGGCUGGAAGCUGAUCUUUGUGACUCGCUGGACAACAUUGAAACAUUCAUUGACGCCCCCAGCCCAGACUCGAAUCCACUGAGGGGCACGUCUGGUUACAUCGCAGACGUGAUCAAGGAAAACCACAUGCUAACCUUCCAAUAUAGCGCAAGCAUCUUCUUCCGGAGAGCAUUGUGUGAUGGCUCGUCACGGAUUUCUCCCCCAGCAGCUCCCGGACUGGCAUCUGAUGCAAGUGUGCGACCGUCGGGGCAAACCUUGGUUUCCAAGGCGCUGGACUAUCUAGAGAAUAUCGACGCCGUCUCAAGAAACAUAGCAGUAGCAAACACUCUCUGGCCUGGGUUCAUCGCUGCGGUUGAAGCUGUAGAUACUGAUCUCAGGCAUCGGGCCCUCAUAUGGUUCGCUCGGGCAAAACGUCAUGGCAUCGGCAAUGUCUCCCAAGCAGUCUCUCUUGUCAUGGAGGUCUGGAGGAGGGUCGAUCGCCAGUUUAUCAACCACGGUAACCAGGACGGGCUACAGCUUGAGCUGGGUAGUGUGGACUGGAGGGAAGUAAUGCGGGAGAAGAACAUGUAUAUUAUGCUUACUUGA